AUGAAAAAGCGCUCAAUGCCUAGGGUGCUCCCCUUACUCCAAGGCCGGGUUCGCCACGGCCAGAUUUACGACGAAGUGCGAUGCGCGCCAUUAAGCGGCACCGUCUUGGAGGUUGGAGCCGGCAGUGGCAUGUGGGCGGACGUUUUGGCGACUGUUACCGAGGGCGUCAAGGGACCGCUGAAGAUUUACGGCGUCGAACCGAAUCCGUACUCGGCCGCGGCGCUCAGGAAACGCACGAGGGAUGUAGGGUUGGAUGGAGUCUAUGAAGUGCUACCCGUUGGUAUUGAGAAAUUGGGUGAUCCGACGGCGACUGGAGUUCGGGUAGCUCCAGGAAGCGUCGACUGCGUCGUCACGAUUCAAUGCCUCUGCAGCAUCCCUGAGCCGGAGAAGAACGCCCGCCUGUUGUACAACUACCUGAAGAAAGGGGGAAGAUGGUAUGUUUACGAGCAUAUCAAGGUCGACGAUAACCUCGCCGCCAUCUCUUGGUUCCAAGCUUUAACCAACAAAAUAUGGACAAAGGUCAUGGGCACUUGUAGCUUAUGCUGCCCCACGGAUAAGAUGUUGGCGAAGAUUGGUGAUUGGGAAGAGUUUGAUCUGGCGCUGCCGGCAGGUCAACCACUCUAUGAACCAGCCCCUCGAGUCAUGGGAGUCCUCACGAAGUAG